AUGCUGGUUUCUCAAAGUAUGCGUCAAAGCGAAACACCAGUGGUUUACGCUAUGACGUUCGGGGAUUCCCCCCACUAUACGAUCUCCACGUCACAAUCCCAAGGAUUCGCGUGGAACCAGGAUAUUUUUGCCUCCCAGUACCAGCAGAUGUGCAAGGUGGUGUACGAUGGCCAUGAGGAUUGUGUGGACGAGCUUUUGGCGAGGGACUGGCGAUUCAGCGACGCGCAGAACGCCUAUACCCCGUCCGAUGUGUUCGAACAAGACGAAGAUCAAGAUAUGACGAGCCACGACGAGCUCAGAGCGCGUCGGAUGUCGCAAGUGCUCAUGCGACCCAGAAGACGGUCCGAGCGCAGCGUCAGCUUCGUUUCGGACUCCAAAAAUGGCCGUUUCCAGAAAACUGAGGUGAUCUUGGUGGACGUUGACGAGGACACAGAGGAGAACCGGAGGUUGAGGUGGCUUGUUAACAAAGAAUGA